AUGAACAGACUGCCGCAAGAAAUCAUAGACCAACCUUCCAGGGCGUCGUACGCGUGUAUUUCCAACAAAUUCCGCCAUGCCGUCGAGUGCGGAAGUUUCAGAAGCCUCCGCAUCAACAGUGGCGAGCUCCAAGACUUUGUGCUGAAAUUCCCACCUCGCGGUCGACCCUUUCUACGAGAACUGUUCUUCAGCGUCGAGCUAUAUCAGGUCGACGCAGCCUUGGCCAAGCGCUUCGAGCGACCCGCAGAGACUGCGGCGGCAAGCAAGCAGUUCAGCCUCCAGAUCAAGGAACUGUUUAGCGCUAUCCACAAGCCAGAUGGCAUCGUGGGCCUGCGGCUAUAUAUCUCUAAUGUCACUCAAACCACGGCUAGCGCAGAGGACGAGUCCGGUAAUGGAUACGGCAUCGACCUUGGGCACUACAGAGACUUGCGCUCACGCCUGACCCUACUUGAUCCAGCAGCGCUGCCUCACCUCGAUUGUGUGUCACAUCUCACCUUCUCGAAUUGGCAGCGCAAGCCUAGCCCUGCUGUCUAUCUCGAGAUAGCCGCUCGUUUGGCCGGACUUGAGAAGUUAGAUCUUGUUCUCGAUAGCUUCGAGAUGCGGUAUCCGGGACGCCUAAGAGACGACCGCAAAAGCCUGGCUCUUGCUCUUGAAACAAGAUCGGAAGAAACUCAAACAACUUCUCAUGCCAUGCUGGACAUGAGCCUUGAUAGAGGCGCAAUUAUCCAGACACUACCUAUGCCCAACCUCAGAUAUCCCUUGGAAUAUGAUGUGCUCAGCUCGUCGCUGCGCACCUGGUCCCAACGACUGAUCAGCUUCAGCGUCCGAGGUGUUGUCGACGAAUCGCUAUUCUGGCCCCAUGCGCAGGACAACGUAGCCGCUGCUCCUCCAGAGUGGCGGCGAAUGGAGUUCUUUGACGUGCAGCUCGAACGACACACUCCUUCCGGAUGGUGGUACUUCAUGCCAAAGGGCGAAUCCCGGUACGGUGCUCCUCCACGCAACCCAGCGGAGGACCUGGAGGAUCAGCCGCCCGAGUUCGCCGAUGAGCCUCAGGACGGGGUCGAUCCGUUCGACCAGGAAACUGAGGACCACUGGGACAUGCACAGAAGGACCGAUGGUGACGAGGACCAUCGCAUCCGCAACGUCCCCAACGAGGACACCAUGCAGCCUCUGCUUGAGGCCUGGGCGAAGGCCUUGGCACGCAUGCCCUUGCUUCGGCGGGCCAAGAUCAGCUUCGAGGUGGAGAUUCCCAACAGUGAGACACAGGAUGAGGAAGAUGUGAACAUGGAGGACUGGGAGAUUAUCUACGAAGCGCCAGAUCUGCAGGGUGCCAAAUGGGAGAAACACUUGGAAGCGAGUGAGCGAGCCAGCAGACGUUUGAUUUUCCACAACACGUGCGGUUGGCGGCCGGCUCAGCGCACAAUGCAUCUGUUGCAGCAGGUUGGUCUAGGAAGUCACCCGGGAACUGAAAUGGCCAUCUUGACGGUAAAUGAGUGGAAUAGAAUUCUGCGAUAA